AUGAAAAGUCUUUCUAAAAUGGAAGAAAUGUCUAUUGUUUAAUAAAGGAAUCAAUCUCCAGGAAGAUCCUUCACAAAGCCUAGGAAAUAUGAUAAACUUAUACAUAGGACCACAUAGAUUCCAAGAAUAUCUAUAAUACGGCUGGUAGAAUGCAUGGAUUAAGAUAAUGAUGGUUGGAUAAAGAAAGACGAUAUAUUGAAAUUCAGUUAGAAGCAUUAUUUAUUUUUUGAAGAUGAAGUACUUAAAUUAGAUAUAAAUUUAUAGUUAGCAUAAGCAAUGAUUGAUGAAGCAUUAAGUAAAAGAAUUGUUGCAUUUAAGGAUUAAUUAAAAGAGCCAAUAAAUGUAGAUGAAAUUUUAGGAGCAGGUAAUUGAAAUUAUAUAAAUAUUAGUAUAAAUACAUUAUGUAUUAAAUGAGAAUCAUUUUUGGAUUGAGAAACCUAGACCAUUUAGAGAUAAAUGGGUAUAAUUAUUAUUGGCAGCUGGAGAAAAAUUACCAACUGGACAUGAUUUACCACCAGUUAAAAUUACAAAAGUGUUAGAUAUGCAUGAAAUGAAACCUUUUUCAUUCAAACCAAAACUUAAUUGUUCUUAAUCAUAAAUAAUUCAUACAUCUUAAUUAAAAGAAAUUCAUAAAUUUAAUAAGGAUAAACCUGAAGCUGGAAUAGUCUUAUAAGAAACUGAUUUAAUCAAACCUAUAAAUAAUGGAAUUAUUAAAGAAGAAGAAAAAGAUAAUCCUUUUGAGAAAGUUGUUAAUUCUAAAUUGUAAAACAAAUCAAAUUUAUUAGAUAAGUCAUAAUAUAGAUUCAAAUGAAUUCCCAACUAUUAAAUUUGAAACUUAAGCAUAUUUUAAUGAAGCAGAGAGAUUGAGUAAAGAAUAAAAAUUGUGUAGAACAGGUAGAAACCCUAUUUUAAAAUUUAUGCCAGAAAACUUGAAUUAUAAAGUUGAAACCACUAAUUCAUUAAGAUAAAGUAGUGAAUUUGAAUUAACUUAAACUAAUGCUGCUAAAUAUUUAUCUUAACCUGUAUUAUUAAGAAAACCAUAUUAUGGAUUAUCCGAUACAUAAUUAGUAUCUACUGAAUAUAAAUAUUUUUAACCAAAAAAAUAAAGUGAUUAAAAUUAAGAAACUGAUAAAUAAAUUUUUUAUUCAACCUUUAAACCAGAAGAUGUCAUGACUUUAAAAAAUAAAUUAGCAAAUUUAAAAUAAAGAGAAAAAGAGAAAUUAUAAGAUUUUUACAAUCCUCCAUCAGCUCAUAAAUUUAGAGAUGAAAUUUUAGAUAAAAAUAAACCUUUUUUUAAAGUAAUUUUAUCAGUAAAUUAAGACAAGAAUUAAACCUGAUCCCUUAACUAAUCCUCAUCUUAUGUCAGAGCAUGAUUAAAGACCAUAAUUUGCUAUUGAAGAAGAUCUAAAGAAAUAAUUAAAGGAUGAAUAAAAAUAAUAAUAAUUAAUUGAUGAUUAUAUGGGAACUUUUAAAUAAAGUAAGCAGUGGACAAAAUAUUUCCCAUCUACUGAUUUAAAUCAUAACUUUGUUGAUCAUAAAAGACCCAAUUUCUUAGAUAAAGGUAAUUAUUAAGAACCAGGAUUAAUAUUACUUCAAUUCUUAAGAGAAGGAGCAAGUGCUAAAGUAAAAGUUCAUUUAUAAAUUUAGGAUAAUUUUUAAUUAUUUCAUAGAUAAUUACGUGCUAAUGAUAAACAUCAAUUUUUAGGAUUACAAGUAGAUCCCAAUUGA